AAAAAUAUAUUAAAACGAACGAGUCUUAACGAAUUAGCUUCAGAACGAGUCCGAAUAUUCAGAACUGUCUAUGCCUCCCAACCUUUUUUACAUUCUAUUCUGGCGCCUGGCGGUGGAAUUUCUAUAUCCCUACGCCUACAUGGAGUGCUCGCUGCAGGACGCUCUGCUAAACGAGCAACUAGUGUGGAGCAAGGGGAGCCCCAAGCAGCAGCAGAUGCUGCUUUUUGCGCAGGAAACGCUUCAAGACUUUCUCAUGUUUGUGUUGAUAUUAGAUUUGAUUCAGCGUCUUAAUGCAGCUAUUGAUGUGCUAGAGAGACCCUAGCUCCAGCCCGGACUACAUUUUCAUUCCAAAAAAACCGAAUCCAUUCGAGACUGAUCCACUCAACCGUCUCCCCUUUUUCUAUUCCUCACCAUCGAAAGUCAACGGACUGCCGGCGGUACUCAAAUAAUUUCGCCUUGGGGUAGGACCGUCAUUGUGCCAUCGUUGGACCUCGCCGUCG